GUUUAUCACAACCUGGCUCGUGGGAAUUGACAAAGAGCUCUUAUAGGAUCAAGGGCACAUAAUAAUAUUCAAUACAUUUGCUAUUUAUUUAGCCAUCUUACAUAAAACAUUUUGUUCAUUGAAUUUUUUUUUUUUUUAAACGUUAAUCGCAUUUUUUAUUUGCCGUUGGAAUAUCAGCUGUGUCGGUGAACUCCCAUGUCUGAACUGGCUCCAUAGAGGGCACAGCAUGAUCAGAGCAGCUCUAUUCUUUAGCUCCACACAGUCGUAUCCUCCAGGACUCCAGUCCACAGUACCUCGUCUUCUCCAGGGCUCCAGUCCACAGUACCUCGUCUCGUCCAGGGCUCCAGUCCACAGUACCUCGUCUCCUCCAGGACUCCAGUCCACAGUACCUCGUCUUCUCCAGGGCUCCAGUCCACAGUACCUCGUCUCCUCCAGGACUCCAGUCCACAGUACCUCGUGUCCUCCAGGACUCCAGUCCACAGUACCUCGUCUCCUCCAGGACUCCAGUCCACAGUACCUCGUCUCCUCCAGGACUCCAGUCCACAGUACCUCGUCUCCUCCAGGACUCCAGUCCACAGUACCUCGUCUCCUCCAGGACUCCAGUCCACAGUACCUCGUCUCGUCCAGGGCUCCAGUCCACAGUACCUCGUCUCCUCCAGGACUCCAGUCCACAGUACCUCGUCUCCUCCAGGGCUCCAGUCCACAGUACCUCGUCUCCUCCAGGACUCCAGUCCACAGUACCUCGUCUCCUCCAGGACUCCAGUCCACAGUACCUCGUCUCCUCAAGGACUCCAGUCCACAAUACCUCGUCUCCUCCAGGACUCCAAAAAGUAUGGAGAAGAGCCAGUAUGGACCCCCGCAGGACGUGUCGGCUCCCCCCUACCCCGGCUUCCCAGCGGGCUACCAUGGAAGUGGGGGGGGAACAGCCUACCCCCCCCAGCCUGGCUUCCAGGGAGGUCCCCAACCCGGCAUGUACCCACCACCUCCCCAACCCGGCAUGUACCCACCACCUCCCCAACCCGGCAUGUACCCACCACCUCCCCAACCCGGCAUGUACCCACCACCUCCCCAACCCGGCAUGUACCCACCACCUCCCCAACCCGGCAUGUACCCACCAUCUCCCCAAUACGGCACGGGCAUGGCACAACCUACAAACGUCCCCAGCGUAACCCAGGUGGUGAUACAGCAGCCGUUGCUAAGAGACGUACCCGGCCAGAUAACGUGUCCCCACUGUCAGGUCCUGGUUCUGACAGAGACCACACACACCCCUGGACUGCUCACCUGGCUCAUCUGUGGAUCACUCGGCUUCCUCCUGUGCUGGCCAUGCUGUUUGGUUCCGCUCUGUGUUGACUCCUGUAAGGACGUAGAACACCGCUGCCCCAACUGCAAGAGAGUGAUCCACAUCCACAAACGCAUGUGAACAGACCAAGAUGAGACACCUGCCACAAAGUGAUCCACAUCCACAAACGCAUGUGAACAGACCAAGAUGAGACACCUGCCACAAAGUGAUCCAUAUCUGCAAACCUACUGUAUAUAUGAACAGACCUAGCCACAGCCUACUGACAGUUCAGUGCGUAAUCCACAUCAGAAAGACAAUAGUCUACUGUCUCUCUGAAAUGACUGCAGCAGGACAGCUUCCUCUACUGUCUCUCUGAAAUGACUGCAGCAGGACAGCUUCCUCUACUGUCUCUCUGAAAUGACUGCAGCAGGACAGCUUCCUCUACUGUCUCUCUGAAAUGACUGCAGCAGGGCAGCUUCCUCUACUGUCUCUCUGAAAUGACUACAGCAGGACAGCUUCCUCUACUGUCUCUCUGAAAUGACUGCAGCAGGGCAGCUUCCUCUACUGUCUCUCUGAAAUGACUGCAGCAGGACAGCUUCCUCUACUGUCUCUCUGAAAUGACCACAGCAGGACAGCUUCCUCUACUGUCUCUCUGAAAUGACUACAGCAGGACAGCUUCCUCUACUGUCUCUCUGAAAUUACUGCGGCAGGGCAGCUUCCUCUACUGUCUCUCUGAAAUGACUGCAGCAGGACAGCUUCCUCUACUGUCUCUCUGAAAUUACCACAGCAGGACAGCUUCCUCUACUGUCUCUCUGAAAUUACCACAGCAGGACAGCUUCCUUUCUGUCAAUGGGAAUGUGUGACAGGGUAUCCUUCACCAUAUGUGCCGGCUGCAAAGUAAACAUGUGCUUAAGGUGAGGCAUUAGGGUCAGCAGUGUGGUUAUGUUUGAUGACUUCGUGGCUGUGCUACUGAUUGUAAUGAUGUUUUUAAAUUAAAUGGAUUGGAAAGUAUUGUUCUUUGUAAUAAAUAACGGUCA